AUGGCACAAUCUAAAGAAAUUAAAGAAAUUCUUGCUAAACUUCAAACUAUUCAACAACAAAUUAAUAAAUUAGACGACAAGGUUGAAACAUUAAAUACAGCAGAUAUUAUUGAAAAAUUGGAAAAUAUAUCAACGACUAUAGAAACAACAGCAAUCAAAGCUGUUGAGGAUAAAGAAAGACAACGUAGUCUUGUCCUUAUAGGAUUAAAAGAAUCAACAGCAGUUCGGCCAACAGAGCGUGCGAAAGCUGACGAGGAGGAGGUUUUACGCGUUCUGGACGCGCUGGACGUCCAGACAUUGCCAUUGGCAGUGUAUAGAAUGGGAAAUCCAGCCAAAGCAGGUCCAAAUGGUCGUUUAAUUAAAGUGAUACUUCCCAGUACAUCUUUUCAGCGAAUUUGUUUGGCUCAGUGGAAAAAGAAACGUCUUGAGAUUCGAUCCAUGGAAAAAUGGACCAAAUUACUAAUAAGACCUUCACUAACUGCUGAACAACUACGCUUAGACAAGGAAGAGAGAGACAAACGCAGAAUCGAUUGGCAAGAAAGAAAUAAGAAUAAUACUGCUGGAGACAACGUUACAAGACGUACAAAAAACUAUUAG